CUGGCUAGCGUAUAUCGCUGUGUUGUGUGGUUUCUGCCGGAAGUGUUUGGAUUGUUAUGUUCCACAUCACUUGUAGGAGUUGUGGUAGUUGUAGGGUUAACUGAGUUACUAUGGCAAGGGGAAGUGUGUGGAUAGAAAAGCUAGAAGAUAUUGCUGAUCAGACUUUAAGGCUAUUGAAACAUGUUUUGCCAACAACUGCAAGAUUAUGUCUUAUUUCAACGUUCCUGGAAGACGGGAUUCGAAUGUACGUGCAGUGGUCAGAACAGCAAGAGUACAUGGACAUGUCGUGGGGUUGUGGAAGAUUUUUAGCAGCAAUGUUUGUGCUGGUAAACUUGAUUGGACAGUUGGGGGGAUGCAUAAUGGUCUUAAGCAGACAACGCGUACCGGUAGCUUGUUCCGUACUGCUGUUUAUUGUCGUUUUACAGACUUUUGCAUACAACAUCUUGUGGGACAUGCAUUUUCUUUUGCGCAACUUGGCAUUGAUUGGUGCACUUGCAUUACUUCUGGCUGAAAGCAGAAAUGAAGCAAAAACUUUAUUUGCUGGUGUUCCAACACUUGGUGACAAUAAACCAAAAAAUAUUUUACAACUUACUGGAAGGGUUUUACUUGCUUUCAUGUAUGUCACGCUCCUUCGGUUUGAACCAUCUGUUAUGCAGAUUAUUCAAGAUCUCCUUGGAACAAUUUUGAUAGUGCUGGUAACACUCGGCUACAAAACUAAAUUGAGUGCACUUAGUCUUGUAAUUCUCCUUUUUGGUUUAAAUUUCUACCAUAAUGCUUGGUGGAACAUUCCUACACACAAGCCAUUGAGGGAUUUCCUGAAAUAUGACUUCUUUCAGACCUUGUCUGUGAUUGGUGGACUGCUGAUGAUAGUUUCGUUGGGGCCAGGUGGUGUUUCAAUGGAUGAACAUAAAAAGAAGUGGUGAAAAUGUGACUUUACAGGAAGGUGUGUAAAUACAUGACAGCAUCAAUUGACAUGUUAAAAUUUUAAUUUUAACUCCAUUUUUGAAAAGUCCCCUUUUGAAGUGUGUGGUGUACUGAAUGUGCUACAUGUUUUCAUAUUGUAAUAUUCAUUUCUACCCAUUUUUGUACUGUCACAUUGAAGAUCGUAUUACUGUUACUUUUGUAAUGGAAGAUCAUUGUUUAGCCACUGAUAGAAGAAAUGUUUCUGACAUGUAAACUGGUUGUUGUAAUACAUUUAAGUGUUAUGAUUUGAACAAAUUCAGAAUCAAUGUGAUUAUUUCUUUUAACCUUUAGGCAUCACAUUUCAGCACCAAUUUCACGAAGUAUUUUUCAUACUUGACAGGAAUGUCAUUUUGAAAUAUUGUUUUCAGUGUUUUAAUAAAGAACUGUGUAUGAGUUUAGUAAUCUGGUA